CGCCGCGCGCGAUCGCUGGACGUGUGUCGCGUUUGAAUAUCGAACACGAUCGCGAGCACUACGAACUAUUUUAUUGUGUCUCGGACCAUAUUUUUUUUUGUGUGUGCGUUUAUUUUGUGACUGUUAAUUUCGCAAGUUGAUAGACUGGUGUCUAAUAAUGCCAAAGAAUCGUUGUGAUAGGACGAUUUUACGUGUUUAGUUUUAUUUCUGUUGGUUUUUUUUUUCGUCUAUUUAUAGUUUUUUUUUUGCACCGAUGUCUCCAAAGGCGACAGGAACAAUGGUAACGCACUUGAAGAAACAUGUCAUCUAAAAGAAAAUCGCCACCCUCUAAAUUGCAAGAAGGAGCCGCCGACACAGAGAAAUCGGAACCGGGACCCGCCACCCUGGAGUUCUCCGACACCCACGAAUCAGACGAGAACGACCACCAGAACUUCUACAAAUUCUCCCCAAGCUCUUCCCCCAGAACCUCAAUAAGCGAGGAGGACACCUACGAAGACGAACAGCCAAGCAAGAAGCAAAGAUUCGACCAAUCAUUAGACAUGACAAACAACCUUCUAGUCCCAUCGUCCUUUCUAAGUCUCCACCAAGUCAGUGAUCUUCAAACCAGAAGACGUGGCUCCUCAGAAUGCAGUAGUCCAGGAGCCGAGGCUAAAGUUUUGGGACUCUGUAAUAAUAACAAUUCAUUGCUGAACCACAACAGCGCGUUGUCGCUUUCCGCGCCCCACAAGCGGUCGAUGGAUGAUGUGCUGAAGAGAUUAACGUCCAAAAUGAACAAUAGCACUAUUAAAGAGGAGAAGAGGCCUACACCGUCGACGACACCUGUGAAACAAAACAACGAAAGACGAGGCGUCUUAGACGCAGCGGCGCUACAGGCGUUAGCUGGUGAAAGCGUGCUGGAGAAGGAGAGGCAGCUGUCAGAGAUGAUCUUGCAGCUUCAGAUGGUGAGGGAGCAGUUGUUGGCGCAGCAGGAGCAUACUAAGAACAUCGGCACAGUAUCAGCAGAGCUGGAGCUGCAAAGACUUCAGCAAGAGCACCUUCGAAGACAGGAGAUGGUCAGGCGCGGGCACUCCCUCUACCCUGGACCUCCGCUGGGCCUCCUUCCUCUUCUGGAGCAGAUGCGGCCGCAGCCACCCCCACCAGCUAAUGUGGUACCCAGCCCAGCCUGGCCCGCUACAGCCCAGCUAGCCCAACUGACGGCCAGCGCUCGUUCCCCCCCACCCCAAGACCCGGACACCCCCCUCAACCUCAGCAAGCAACGCACCCCGUCCCCCGCCCAGCCGAUGAUGAUGCAGAGAUUCGUGCCCUACCCUCCAAUCGAAGAAAACAGCCCCUAUAUGAAGAAGGAUGAUGACUUUAACGCGGCUUGCAAUACAUCAUCCUGGCCUCAGUCUACACCUGAAGAAUCAGAAAAAGCCAAGUUAAUUCGCCAACCGAAACGCGAUGAGACCGGCAAACCCCAUAUCAAGAGACCCAUGAACGCGUUCAUGGUUUGGGCGAAAGACGAACGCCGCAAGAUCCUCAAGGCGUGCCCUGAUAUGCAUAAUUCCAACAUAUCCAAAAUUUUGGGAGCAAGGUGGAAGUCCAUGUCCAAUGCGGAGAAACAGCCAUAUUAUGAGGAGCAGUCGAGGCUUUCCAAACAGCAUAUGGAGAAACAUCCUGACUACAGGUACAGACCAAGACCGAAGCGAACAUGCAUAGUCGACGGCAAGAAGAUGCGGAUAUCAGAGUACAAGAAUCUGAUGCGCACGCGCCGGCAGGAGAUGCGGCAGCUGUGGUGCCGGGACGGCGGCAGCGAGCUGAACUUCCUACCUUCCAUGUCCAGCCCGGGACCUUCCAACUCCUCCCCCCCACCCAACGGGGGGAGCUACAUGAACCCAGUGUUCUCUCCCCCUUUAUCGCCGCGGGAGGAGGAUUGAGGUACGGCGCGCGGCUGGCCCUACCCGCACGCCGCGCCCCUCUCCAUGCCCCCAUCUCACCACCCCUGGUAAGCUUCUCGAACCUUCGCGAAGGAAAGAAGUAGGAACAGUAAAAGAGACAGUCUAAAGUUACAGAGGUUGUUCAUAUUAUGCCAGUGUCGUUCGGAUCUCUCGUUUAUACAAAUAUCUAAUUAUAAUUGAGAUUAUUCCAUUAGUGAAUUAAGAUCGACUUUGUAAUCUGUAUAAUGUAUCGUGUAGACGGCACGGGGUUAACUUUCGAAUUGUGCCAAAAUUGUACCUAUAUCUACUGAAUAGACAAUUAGACAAGUGUAAAUAAUAAGUUAAAUUGUUAUAUUUCAAUUCUUUCAAUGUAAAUAUAAUGCAAAAUCUUUGUAGAUAUCGUAUGCACGUAUUCGAUAUUCGGCUAUAGAUAGUUAUCUGUAGUAAAUUCUAGAAUAGGCGUAGAGUAAAAAUUUAUUAAGCGGUAGGAUCCCGAGUUUAAUUUUUGUGUGGCCAUUUGUAAAUCUUAGUUAAACUAUCUACAAUUUCGUAGUGUAAGCUUAAGGGACUUAAUGUAUCGAACCAAAAAUUUGAAGCGAAAUGCUUGAAAAUUUAAGUGUUUUGAACACGAAACUGUUGAAGAACCAGUGAUAACUAUGAUGCAUAAUAGAAAUAUAAUAAAAAAUAUAUAAUACUCAUUAGCGGAAAUCUGUACUUUAAUAUUUAGUGGGUACACGGAAAAUAAUGUUUGUAUUAUAAAAUAUAAAACCUUCGAUGCUACUUAAUAUUACCUUAUAAGUAUUUUAAAAAAAAUGUAAUCUGUACCAUCCGGUGUUGAACACAAAAUGGUGGUCAAUUUGGAGAUUGUCAAUUUAAUUCAAAAAUAGAACGAAUAUUAUAAUCUACUCCCAAUUUCUAUUACAAAUAGACCCACCGAGAAGUGGGGAUUAAUACUUAAAUAAUAAAAACAAAUAUUCGCUUUAUCAAAUCGUGCAAUUUAUAAGUAGAUGUAGAUUAAGUCGUAGUGGACAAGUAUCUACCUAAUAGAUCUAGAUUUAGAGAACAAAGUUGUAUAGUUUUAGUGUAAAUCGGGCUGAUGGAGUGAUGUCGUUAAUUGCCAUUUUUAUUCGUUAUUUAUUUUUCUAAUUGUACUUUCUUGUUUUUAUUUUUUUUGAACUGAUGACGGGUACGCACCUUUUUCAGUUUUACAAAUAUACAGAAAAAUUAUGUAUUACUACUUGUAGGUACUUAUUUUUAAUGAAAUGGUUAGCAAAUCUGUAUAUAAUCUUGAUAAUACAGAUGUGCCUAUUCAUAAAGGCAAGAUUAUUAUUUUAGAUUCAGAAAGAGACUAGAACUCAUCUACUUCAUAACUUACUUUGUACACUUUUGUAAAUAUGUAAAAAUUGUUUUUUUUUUUCACACAAAUUACCUAAAUAUUUAUUGUUUUAUUUUUCAUGGUGUGUGCCCGUUCUUAUUUUGUAUGCCAGUAAUAUUAUGUACUCAACGUGAAUAGUUUUAGAGAAGUAAGCGUAUAAAUAAAUUAUUGUGUAUGUGACUUAAUCGAAUAUUUGUAGCGUGUACUAUUGUAUCGAUUAGGUUAUUUUCUGUUCGACAUCAUUACUUUAUCGAUAAAAAUAAAU